AUGUUGGCCAGGCCGACCCAGGGACGGAGCGCUCAGGGCGGGGCAGAGGGGCAACUGGGCCUGACGUUGAUGAUGAUGAUGAUGAUGAUGAUGGUGGUGGUGGCGGAGGCAGCUAGCGUGGCAGAAGUGGAGAGUGAAGAGAGCGAGGAGGUCCUGGAGGAGGAGGAGAUCUUGGAGCCGCUGACAUCAGACCUGUCCAGAGUGUCUCCUCUCAGCUCCUGGCUCAUCUUCAGGAGAAACUCCAACAAAGGGGACAACCGGAGAACCAAAGGAACCAGGAGAACCUCAAAGCAUGGUCUUCCAGGACCUCCAGGACCCCAAGGACCUCAGGGACCCCGGGGGCUUCCAGGACACACCGCCCCCCUUCUGCCCCAGCAGCAGAUGGUCCUCCAGGAGUUGCAGCUCAGACUGAAAGACAUGGAAGGAGUGUGUUUUCAGUGUGACGCUACUCCUCGUGUCUCCACCUCCUUCCUCGGUCGCCUCCUUCGGGACGUCGUCGUCCCUCGACGCAGCCUGCUGGAGCUGCAGCCGUUUAGUCAGCCUUCGGACUCGGAGCGGAGCAUCCAGAGGGGGCGGAGCUUCAACAGCAGCAGCGGCCGGUUCACAGCCGCCGUCUCCGGGUUCUACCAGCUGACCGCCAGCCUGCUGAUAGAGAGCGGAGACCGAGUCCACGCGAGACCCCGAGACAGCGUGAGAGCGGCUGUGUGCAUCGAGUCGCUCUGCCAGAGCAACCUCUCGGUGGACUCGGUGGUGGGCGUGGCGGCGGCAGGAGGAACCUUCAGCAUCCUGCUGACAGGAACUCUUCAUCUGCAGGCUGCUGAGUACGUGUCUGUCUUCGUGGAUAACUCCAGCGGGUCGGCCCUUAGUGUCCUGCAGGACUCUUUGUUCUCUGGGAUUCUGCUGGGAGUCUGAACCCUUCUGACCCCUUUACCUGAUCACCUCUGAGGUCAAAGGUCAAAGGAGCCAGAGCAGACUCCUCCCCGUCCUGUUUGCCUCAGUGUCACCUGAUGGACGGACAAAUUAUCAAUCUCAUUAAAUCUGUGUAUUUACACCCUUUCAUG